UCAAGUCCGAUAUGUUUUCUUACUCACCAUAUUCUGAAAUCAAAGAACUUUCUCAAAGUGAAUUGCGGAAACAAUACGAUGACUUGUUAGAGUACGGAGCUUCGCAUCCAGAGGAGUUAGAACAAAACUUGGCUAAAUUGAGGGAUCUCAUCACAUGCUAUGGACUGCCUUCAGAAUCAGAGGACGAUGAGUACAACGUUGAUGAACAGGCUACAUUGAGAGGGAAAAUAUGGCAGCUGUUCUUAGGCCUAAAGCAGAUUUACGCCGAAGAAUACCUUUCACUGGUCAAGUUAGGACCGUCUAGUGCGCACUCGAUUAUAAGUCUCGAUGCUACAAGAACAUUCCCAAAGGAGAAGACUUUUAGAAAAAGAGUGACGUUGGAGAAAUUGAUAAGGGUAUUAAAUGCAUUUCAGCAUAAAGUAGAGGACCGUGAAUCACUUGGAUACAUUCAGGGUCUGAAUUGCUUGGUCGCUCCUUUUUUAUACAAUAUGCCAGAAAUUGAAGCAUUUUAUACUUUUUAUCAUUUCAUCGUUGAUAGAUGUCCACGUUAUUGCGGAAACCAAAUGGGUGCAUUAGAUGGAGACUCACUGGUUCAGCAAAUUUUGAAGCUCGUAGAUCCUAAACUAUUUUCUUAUUUAGAAAAAAACUCUGUUCAGCUAUGCGUCUUUUCGCAUCCAGCUUUGCAAAGUAUCUUGACCAAUACUCCACCACUGGAAGAAGUGCUGAAACUGUGGGAUUGGCUGUUUAUGUAUGGAGUACACAUGGCAGUUAUUUUCCUUGUAUGCAUACUCUUGGUAAGAAGAGAAGAAAUUUUAGUAGCUGAAAAUCCGAAUAGCAGAUAUUUUCAGUAUCACAAUAAGUUUUCUUUAGAUGCAGAACUGAUCACAAAUCUAGCUAUACAAGUGGUCGCACAGAUACCGAGCGAUUUAUACAAAUUAUGUGCCAUACAUCCACUUGUACCAUUGAAUGGUAAUCGAGAAGGACAUGAUUUUACGCAGUCAAAGGGACUGAAGUUAGUGGUGAAAGGUACUCCCGACUGAAAGACUCGCAUAAUAAAAAUAAAUUUUAAGACUGGGAGAG